AUGGCCAUUGAGAUUAGCGCCGCUGAUCUUGGUCGCAGCAACCAAGAAGAAGCGGUUUGCGUGCCCCUCACGGCAAUCCGACGUGUUUGCGAGAAGAGGGGCUUGAUGUUCUCCCCUGCAGCGGAAGGAAGUGAAGGAGAGGAAGAGGAGGGAGAGGAGGGAGAGGAAGAGCUUGACCAGGAGGGACAACUCCCAAAAGAAAUCAAGGAGAAGGUUUACCUUGUUGGCGACGAAGGAGAACUUGAGCUCAUCAAAGAUCUGGAGAAGCACGUCCUGACCGACUACAAAGUCGACCUGGAUUGA